AUGUCCCAAGAUAGUGAAGAUUUAGUCUACAUAAACGAACAACAACCAGCACAAGAUCAGGCAGAAAACGACUUUCGGGUCCUGGUAUUGGUCCAGAAAGAUAUUGGCAAAGCUGAAGGAUCGAGUACAGAUAUAAGCGUCGAUCAAUCAGAGGCUAAGGGGAAAAUACUAGAGGGAAUUACGUCAUUCACAGGCAUAAAUAAGUUCUUCGAUUCGUUUGAUGAGCAAAUAGCGUAUCCAAACCAAGGGCAGCUAAAAUAUGACGUGGGAUCAGAUGGCUUUAUUGUGAUAAUAGUGGGAUCCAAUGAUCUUAAGGAGAAGGUGCUCAGUUUCAUCGAUGCCUAUUUGGCACAAAUCCAAAAGCCCCUAUAA